AUGUCUUAUAAUCGCUUUUACUCAAAUUACCAAGGGGGCAAUGUUACAUUCCAUGACUUCCGAUACCCUCCACCAGUUUACCCUAUGCCCGUCACCAAAGAAAUAUCUGACGAAGAGUUUAUUAAGAAUUUUAAAUCACUCAUCCCACAAGCUCCGACAAGACAAAAAUUAUCAGCCACCAAAAUAUAUCAAAUAAAAGAAGAAUUGAAAUCAUUAGUUUCUUUAUACAAUGAAAUUCAGGAAGAAGAGAAGAAGUUGUCAGAAAGAAUAACAGAAAUGACUGAUAAUGAGUGGGAUUCUGCAUUUAAUAGUAUAAUUAAUAAAAAGAAUGAAAUUAAAUCCCACAUUACGGCAUUAUAUAGUUCUCAGCUUGAUUUAGGAAAGAAACUUAUAGCCAAGAGGUUAACAAAACGACUUCGCUUAAAGAGACUCAAGAAGGAAAGACAAAAGGAAAAGGAAGAAUUAAAGAAAGAAUUAGCAGAGAAAUCUAGAAAGAUUGAUGAGAACUUACAGAAAAUUCAAGAUGAUAUCCAGAGAGCAAAACAGGCUGAAGAAGACAAAUUACAGGCUGAUGCAGUGUUACAAGAAACACUGAGGAAAAAACUGGAUGCUAGAAGAAGUAUUAUGAAGUUAGAAGCUCUUGUUAAACUACGACAAGCGAGACUUAACACUGCCAAGGGAAUGGGAAAAACUGUCUCAGAAGCUGAAACAACACAGUUUCUGGAUAAUAUUGAUAAACUCAGGAAAUUGUGGGAAUAUAAAGCAAUAAUAUAUCAAAAAGAAGAGAAGGAUCUACGAGAUAAAUUGGAACAGAACUUUAAACAGAAUGUUAAUGUGUGUAAAUCAGAUGUUGUGGACAAUAUAAUGAAAUGGAAGGUGACUAUGUUUGGUGACGAUGUGCAACCGCAAGUUGAUUACAACGGAAAUGUUGAAUGGUUCAUAGCUGUUAGACGUUCAUGGGAUCGCUACAUUGACAACGGCCCUGAUGCCACUCCGAUACCGCUGGGCUGGCUCACACCCCAAUAA